CUAUACAAAUGUACGAUAAUUGUUCCGCAAGCCUUAAAUAUGAUUGAAACUGUUUUAAAUAUUAAAUCAAAUACAAAAUAUCAUUCAAGUAGUGGCAGUUGUAAAGAAAAGUUUUAAAAACAACAAAAUGAAAUUUGAAAAAAUUGGUAUCGUGGGAAGCGGUCUUAUAGGACGAGCCUGGUCCAUGUUAUUCGCCUCUGCCGGCUAUCAGGUUAUGUUAUAUGAUAUUCUACCACAACAACUAACUUCCGCUUUGGAAUAUAUUGAACAAGAAUUGAAACGUCUGGAAGAACAAAAACUUCUAAGAGGCAACUUAAAUUCUAGCGAACAAUUUAAGUGCAUAAAAACCACCACCGACAUUAAAGAGUUAGUUAAAGAUGCCAUAUUCAUACAAGAAUGCAUACCCGAACGUAUUGAAUGGAAAAAGUCAUUGUACCAACAAUUGGAUGAUAUAGUCGAAGCAAAAACAAUUAUUUCCAGUUCGACGAGUACUUUUAUGCCAUCGUUGUUUAGUCAAGAUUUAAAGCACAAAGAAAAUAUUUUGGUAUCACAUCCCUUAAAUCCACCCUAUUAUAUACCUUUAGUAGAAAUUGUGCCUGCACCCUGGACUUCUAAAAAAGCUGUAGAAUUUACCAAAAAUUUAAUGUUGGAAAUUAAACAAAAACCGGUAACAUUAACUCGUGAAGUCUUGGGUUUUGCCACCAAUCGCAUACAAUAUGCCAUUUUAAAUGAAGUAUGGCAUUUAAUCGAAAAUGAUAUACUAACCGCGGCCGAUGUGGAUACCGUUAUGACAGAGGGUUUAGGUUUACGUUAUGCUUUUUUGGGUCCUUUAGAAACUGCACAUUUGAAUGCUGAUGGCAUUGCCGAUUAUGUUAAACGUUUUGGACAGGAAAUUUUUAAAGUCAGUGAAACCUAUGAACCUACACCGGAUAUGAAAGAGGGCCCUACUUUGGAAAAAUUAUCAAACCAGUGUGAGAAAAUGGUUCCCAAGGAAAGUUUGGCACUAAGAAGAUCUCAAAGAGAUGAAUUUUUGACAAAGUUAAAUGAAUUAAAGAAACAGUUUGAAAGUUAAGUAUGUAAUCUUAAGUAAAGCAAAUAAACAGCAGGAGACUGCAGAAAAAAACUCCUCGUCCACUUAAGACAUGUGUUCAAGCUGUGAUACACGGUUGUCACAUCUUACAACGUUGUCAGUAAAAUGUGCACAAAAUGUUUAACAAUCGUGUGAACAUACUAUUUUUCUUUUCCAACGUUGUCAGAAAAACCAUUAGGUACUGAAAAUGUUGACAAAAUUUUGUAAGUCGACACAGUUAUUAGAUAUUUUCUGCACAUUUUACUGCCAACGUUGUAAGAUCUAACAAACGUGUAUACAUAGCUUUAGAAUUCAUCAUUUAGUUUCUGUUUAAUGUUUACUGAUAAACAUAAAAUGCAAAAUAUUUUUUAUUUUUUUACUUUGCUAGUGUAAACGUAUUCUGCACAUUUUAAGUGCAAUGUCUCUUCAAUAUCAAGUAUAUACUCCACGGAAUAAAAUAUUAAAAUAAAACUAUGUAUAUAUUGAAUAUUCAUGGAAAUGUCAUAUUAACUCAUUGCUCUAAGCUUCAUUUCUUCUAUAUUUUGGCUGAAAUUUCUGUUUUUUUUCCUUUGAGUUCCUUUAGUUUUCUUGUAAGAAAAUUUUAACAACUUGUCAACAUUAUGCAGUUGGAAUAUACAUUUUUUAAUAUGCAUAAUAGAAAAUAACAACUUAAAGACAUUCAAAUAAAGAAACAAAAUAUAAUUUAUGGAAAACAACAACAACUAAAAGAAACGAACUUUUUUUUUAAAAAUUUAAACAAUACAAUAAAAAUAUAAUCUUGAGUGUUUCGUUUAUAGCCAAGAAAACUUUUUAGUGGAUAUUUUUUUAAUAAUAUAGAAAACUCCUCACCCACAUAAAAAGAAAACAUGUAACAGACACAUUUUUCAAUAUUUUUAAAAGAUUUAAGUUAUUUUUUGGCCUUUUGCCCAUCAUCAUCAUUUUAAAUGUAUUUUUUAGGUAAAGAAAUCUAAAGACAAAAAAAAACAAUAUUUCAGCCUUUCUCUUAGAUUUUGAUUGUAAAUUGCAAUUUAGAUAAAUACAUGGCACAAACUCCCUCUAUCCAUAUAACAGCAGGAGUAUAUGUAUAUGGAGUAAACUUUCAAGACUUGCAAGCCAAUGAAUGAGUGAAUGACAUUUCUACUACCAAAAACUUAUCACAUAAACUUAAGAUUUUCUUUCAUUUUAUAUGAGUUUUUGUUUUUCACUUGUUCUAUUCUUGGUUUUCACAACUAAAGUUUUAGGCAGAAUCUUUAUUACCUUUUCUUACCAUUCACUCAAACAACCACAAGAAAAGUUUUAUUUUUUUUUAUAAUGGCCAGAAAUAAGCAGUUGUUGCAAUAGAAGGAUAUAUAUUGGAUAAUGUUCAUUUUGGUCAAGUAAAUAUUGGUAAAACGAACUUAAGAA